UGUGUAUUCUAUUUUUCUUAAUCUCGAAGUAAUCGGCAAAAGAAUUUAGUCUGGCUUUAAUUCAAAGAUUUUUUAGAAAUUCUAAAAAUAUAUUUCAUUUUACAUCAAUAAGAAGUAUAACUGAUUUUUAUAAUAUGGAGGCAAGACAUUUAGAAAAUCCGUUUCCAGACUAUGAUGGUGGUAAAGAAAGAUUAGAAGUUAAUAGCGAAAAAGUAAGAAAUUUGAUAUGUGAUUAUGUUGACGCUAUUUUGGAAAAUACGAAACCGGGUUCAGCAGAUGAGGAUACAAGAGGUGAUCUUUAUGUUGGAAAUGCAGGUAUAGCCUACAUGUUCUAUAAACUUGCGAAAUCUAAUCAUACGGGAGAUUUGUAUCCAGCAUUAGAUCAUGCCCAAGGUUAUAUAAGAAACUCUAAAGCAAAUGCAUUGCGUUAUAAAAAGCGAGCCGAUGAAAGGGUAGCAUUUCUUUGCGGAAAUUCUGGAAUUUAUGCCGUUUCUGCUGCUGUAUCUCAAGCAGUUGGUGAUCAACGUCAACUUACUGAAGAUGUAAAUAAUUUUUUGGCUGGCUACGAACCUGCAUUACAAAUUGCUUUUACAAGACAUGGAUGCGAUGAAGUUCUUGUUGGUAGAGCCGGUUAUUUAACAGGUUGCUAUUGGUUAAAUGACAUCUUGAAAACAAAAGCUGUAUCGGACGAUAAACUUGAAACAAUUUGCAAAGUUGUUAUUGAGAGUGGAAGACAAUAUUCAAAGGAGACGAGAGCACCUUUACCGUUGAUGUAUCAAUAUCAUGGUACUGAGUAUUUAGGUGCUGCUCAUGGGUUAAGUGCUAUUCUCCACGUUUUACUGGAUUCUCCGUGGUUUAAAAGUGAUCUUUCGAAAGUGCCGUCAGACAUCUUAAAUGAUGUAAAAGCAUCGGUUGAUUUUUACUUAAGUUUACAAGAUGCAGAGGGCAAUUUUCCAGUUGCUUUAGAAGAUUUGAAGCGUGGGAGAGAAAAACGUUUGGUACAUUGGUGUCAUGGUGCACCGGGAGCGGUAUAUCUUUUAGCUAAAGCAUAUUUAAUAUUUAAAGAAGACAAAUAUUUGAGAGCAUGUAAAAAAGCAUCUGAUUUGGUAUGGCAAAAAGGAUUAUUAAGAAAAGGACCUGGUAUUUGUCAUGGGGUAGCUGGAAGCGGAUACGUAUUUUUGUUGCUUUAUAGAUUAACUGAAGAAGAAAAAUAUUUAUACCGUGCAGUUAAAUUUAUGGAAUAUCUUACUAAUUCUGAAUUUAAAUUGAAGGCUAGAAUACCAGAUAGACCAUUCAGUUUAUAUGAAGGUGUUGCUGGAACUGUUUGUUUCUUGAUAGAUCUUUUAGAUCCGAAAAACGCACAUUUUCCGUUUAUGGAAGUUUUCCAUUGAAUUUUCAAAUAGCUUUUGUAUAUUAUGAGCUUUAAAUUUUCUGAGUGAAUGAUUUACCUUUAAAAUAUUAAUAAAACAAAAUAAAAAAAGUCUGAUACAGAAAACAUUUAUAUUUGAUACAUGUAGAUGUGUAAGAAUUAAAUUAUAAAUAUGAAUAUACUCGCAACAAGAAAAUUCGCUUUGUAAGGCUUUGGUUUGUACUUAUGUAGUAUAUUGGGAAAAAGUUUGUUUGGCUUCGCAUAUGAAAUGAAAUCAACAUUGUACCUUCUAUAUAUAGUCAAAAUAUUUGAUCAAAAUUUUGAAAGAAAUUAACUUAUUAUAUUCGAUAAUUAUUAUUAUGUAGAAUUAUAAUCUCAAUAUUAAAUUAUGAUCUUUUAUGAUAAUAAUAUUUCAUUUAAUAAAGUUUAACCUUAAUUGUCAUUAGCUAAAA